AUCAACCCAUUUAUCUAUAUCAUUGUACUAAUAACCCUCAUUUUAAGUACAACAAUUGUAACCACAAGUUCCCACUGACUAUUCGCUUGAAUCGGAUUAGAAAUAAACACAAUAGCCAUCAUUCCCAUCAUAAUAAAAAACCCCAGUCCCCGAGCCACAGAAGCCUCAACUAAAUAUUUCCUAACACAAACCACUGCAUCUGCCUUACUAAUACUAGCAAUUAUUAUUAACCUAAUAUACUCCGGCCAAUGAACUAUCAUAAAAGUACUUAAUCCCACAGCAUCCACCCUUAUAACAACAGCCCUAGCUAUCAAAUUAGGACUUUCUCCCUUUCAUUUCUGAGUACCAGAAGUCACGCAAGGUAUUCCCCUAUCCGCCGGACUAAUCCUGCUCACAUGACAAAAACUAGCACCUAUCUCAAUUCUUUACCAAAUUUCACCAUCAGUAAAUCUACACCUAAUACUAACUAUAUCCAUACUCUCUAUCCUAAUCGGAGGUUGAGCAGGACUAAACCAAACACAACUCCGAAAAAUUAUAGCCUAUUCAUCAAUUACUCACAUAGGCUGAAUAACAACCAUCCUCCCAUAUAAUCCAACCCUCACUCUACUAAACCUAAUAAUCUAUAUCAUAAUAACAUUUGCCAUAUUCAUAUUACUUAUCCUAAACUCAACCACCACUACACUCUCACUAACUCAAACAUGAAAUAUAAUACCCACUAUCACAAUCCUCAUUAUACUUAUAUUACUCUCCAUAGGAGGACUCCCCCCACUUACAGGAUUUAUGCCUAAAUGAAUAAUCAUUCAAGAACUAACAAAAAAUGAUAUCCUAACACUACCAACCCUCAUAACCCUCACAGCACUACUUAACUUAUACUUCUACAUACGCCUAGCCUACUCCACAACACUAACUCUAUUUCCCUCUAUUAAUAACAUAAAAAUAAAAUGACAAUUUUACCCCACAAAACGAAUAACCCUUCUACCAACAGCAAUUGUAUUAUCAACAAUACUACUACCUAUCACACCAAUACUCUCCAUCCUAAUAUAG